CACUCCAAAUGACAAUUAGACGAGUUUUUUGACACGCAGAAAACAGGAGAAAGUAUAAUUUCUCCAAUUUCAUCGUGAAAAAACGAGAAAAUCUGUGAAAUUGUAAUUAUUUGUAGUGCAGGAAUUGUCAGAGCUUAUCACAUUAUCAGUUUAGUUGGAAAAAUUGGUGAAAAUCGAGUGUUUUGAGUGAUAAUUUCUCAUCGACGUUUGUUUUGUUGAUGUGGUCACUGUGAUCGAGGUCAAAUUUGCGUCUGAGAUUUUUGCAAGUGCCUUUCCUGCUGUCCAGAAAUUUUCUGUGAGAGUUACUUGAUAAGUAUAUCACCUAUUGGAAAGCAAUAGGAUGGAUGUUAAUAUCGAUAUGAGUGAUAAAGUGAGCGGAAAUAUGGCUCCGCCACCUCAGCCGGAAACGAAGAAUCUCUUCAAUUCAGUUUUCAACCGAAGCCGGGUGCCCAAUAUCGCUGAGCUUCUGCGAGAAGUCCGUCAGAACAUCCGACCAUGGUCUGAGUUCCUCAAUAUGAGCAACUUCAAGACAGUGGCCAACAUUCAGCGCCUCUCCGGACGCCUUGUCCGGAAUCUUGCCUACUUCCAGAGCAACUAUCUCUUUGUUUUUCUCGGUCUGGUGCUCUAUUGCCUCCUCACGUCUCCCCUGAUCCUCAUCGUGCUCGGUGGUGUCUUCUACGCGUGCUACAAAGUCAAGCAGCUCAACAGCAAGAUCACCAUCCUCCAGCGCGAACUCAACUCCAGCCAGCAGUGCAUCCUCAUCAACUGCGCUGCCAUUCCCAUUCUCUACCUAGCCGGAGCUGGGGCAGCAAUGUUUUGGGUCCUGGGAGCCUCCUUCUUUGUCAUCUCCCUCCACGCAAUCUUCUACAACAUUGAUGCUGUCGUCACGGAGGACACAGAAACCUUCCUGGCCGAGACGGUCUAAGAGAUAAUCACAUAUCCCUCAGCACACUCCCACUGUGAAGCACUAAUAUUUUUCUGUACAUAUGACGAUAUCACAAAGAGGAACAAAAUUUAUUUAGAUAA